AAACGACAGCUUGCCGUAUGCCAAUGUUCAAAAAUACUCAGUUUCGGUAGAGGCCAAGGGAUCGAGAAUCAGUCGCAGAAGAUUUGAGCAUCGGUCAUCUGAAAGAGGAGUGUAUAAAGAUGUCGUCUCCAAGUCCGGGCAAAAGACGAAUGGACACCGACGUGGUGAAACUCAUCGAGAGUAAGCAUGAAGUCACAAUCCUGAGUGGACUCAACGAAUUCGUAGUGAAGUUUUAUGGACCACAAGGAACACCGUAUGAAGGGGGCGUUUGGAAGGUGCGAGUAGAUCUUCCAGACAAAUACCCCUUCAAAUCUCCGUCUAUAGGAUUUAUGAAUAAGAUUUUUCAUCCAAACAUCGAUGAAGCGUCAGGGACCGUGUGUUUAGAUGUGAUCAACCAGACAUGGACCGCUCUUUAUGAUCUCACCAAUAUCUUCGAGUCGUUUUUGCCACAGUUGCUGGCCUACCCGAACCCCAUCGACCCUCUGAACGGGGAUGCGGCAGCCAUGUACUUGCACCGGCCGGAGGAUUACAAACAGAAAAUCAAAGAAUACAUCCAGAAAUAUGCAACAGAGGAGGCUCUGAAGGAGCAGGAGGAAGGACCGGGCGACUCCUCUUCAGAAAGCUCCAUGUCUGACUUUUCAGAGGACGAGGCUCAGGACAUGGAGUUGUAGUUAAGGGCGACAGUUUCUCCCCUUUACCACAGAGACUAUAUUAUUUCCUAACCAUGCGAAGCAGACUAUAAAAAGAUUCAUAUUUAAACAAGGUGAUUUUUUUUUUAUCGUUAUUAUUACUAAACCAGGAUUUUUAUGGAUAUCUAGCGUUGACGAUGAAUACGGCACCCUCUCUAGGUGUUCUAUCUCUACUUCUUGGUGGUUGUUUUUUCCCCCCUCUCCCCUUUUUUUCCCUCUCUUUCAAUCUCUAACUCGCUCUCUUCGACAAUUAAAAGGCUCGUCGAUUUGUUUUUUUUUCUCUCCCCUUCUUGAAUCCACAUUUGGUAGCUGCGUAGCUGGAGUGCAUGUCAUCACCUCCCUAAUCCACCUUUUCCGACGCAGACUGACCGGACGGAGGCCGUAUUUAAACGGGGUGCCCAUUUCUUUCGUCUCCUUGUGAUGUUACUAACGUACUGAGAGUCGUGUCCGUGAUGCUCUGAUAUACAAACCCCUUCAGCUUAGGCUUUUUCCACAAGGAUGCACUUCAGGUUGGACCUGACACAUCUCAGCGGCGUAAUCAUUUACUUUCCUGGUUGUCCCUUUUCUUUGUCACCAGCUGUUUUUAGAUUUAAAUUGCUCUCCAUUUUUGUUUUAUAUUCGAGUCUCACCUUGAGAGGAAAGUUUCCACGCUGUACGUUAAACCAAUCAUCAGGAUUUUACAAAAAAAACGGCGCACACUUUCUGCUCACCGAUCAAGCCCACGACACAACGCCAGCGGAAAUAUCAAUUCAACUCCCUUUGCGUUCCUUUUUAAAGAGGAUUUAGAUGUAGGUUAGUUCACCGAAGCUUUGGUUUUUACCUCCACAGUGACCUUCACACACACACACACACACAAAAAAAAACGACAAGGAAGUGACUGUCGUGCUUUACAGAGCACAAAUCCUUUUUUUUUUUUUGUACCUACAUUGUAUGCACAGAGUGUUUGUCUUUUUUUCUCUUUCUGUCUCGCACCCUCGAGCAUCUUUUUUGUACAUUUGUUGUAUGAUGCGGAAGUCGUGUAGGACUUUGUUGGUCUAGCCUAGAAGAAAACCUUAAAGAGAAAAGAGACAAAAAAAAAAAAAAACGAAGAAGAUUUUUGCUAACAUUUGUAGAGCUCACCAUUUUUUUCCUAUUGCUUGUGCAUAACUAUGAUAGCUGUCUUUUGACCUCAUGUAGAUCUAGUUAGUUUUACCUGGAGGUGAAUUACGGGGAAAAAAAUCGAUGUUCAUAUGGAUUUAGGUCUCGUAACCUGCUUUGUCUGAAUACGGAUGUUUUCUGAAGGAUCCCAUUUGGUAAGAUGAAGUGGUGUUUAGGAGAAGACCCGAGUAUCUGACGCCAGACAGGCGGAGGUCUUCUCGCUUUUGAAUUUCAGCAUCUGCAGAUAUCAUCAGUGGCAUGUUGGUAACAUGAAGAUCCAGAUUUAGUUGAUGUUUGCGUGCGUGUGUGUGUUUUGCAGUAUUCUGAAAGCACUUGCAGAUUCAUUCAUAAUCCAGAAUGUAAAUGAAACAAGUUUUGACGUGUAGCGUACAACGCUUCUCAAAAAUGAACAUCGAAUCUUGAGCAAAUUUCAUAAGGGGAGGUGUUUGAUUUCAGCUGUAAAGAUUCAGUUCUCUCCUGUUUUUCUUUAUGGGCAGAACAUUUUAAAGUUGUUUUAGCCCGAGUCAAGAUUGAGCCAAAUUGUGCAAUGGACUUUUUUGAGUCUAAAUCUGUUAAAGGGUUUCCAGAAUUCUAAUAAUUGUUAAAAGAAAACUCCUCUUAUAUGCAGUAUUGUAUUAAGAAGUUCACAAGGAGAAACUUUGUUUCACAUUUGUCAUACACAUACGGAGAAAACACACAUUGUGGUUUGGUUGGCUGGGUGAACAUUUUGCCAUGCCUAGCAACACACACCCUGACAAAACACGGCAAACUGAGCUUCUCGAUUUCAUUUCUGCUUCAUUUUAUUUUUAUUUUUGAUCCCCUUAUAUGAGACACAAAAUGUGGACGUUUGAUUUGAAUCCAUUUGUUUUUAACUGUCAAGUCAGCGACUAUCUGAGAAUCUCAAAUAAACAUGUAUAAGUGUGCUUCCAUUA